AAAAACAACCUCUUAUUCAAAUAACCAAUAAAUCUACUAUACUAACAUAUACCUCAUAAAUAAAAAAUAUUGAGUAAAUAUUUAACACCCGAUUAAAUCGACAAUGCACACUCAUCUGAUUAUUCUUUUAUUAAAAAUUAGCAAGGUAACUUUAAAUAAAAUAUGAUUCUCAUAUCAGUGUAACGAUUUCUCGUAAUAACGUCAACUCACACUUUUAUUAACUCUAUUGAUAUUUAAAAUGUACAAGUCAAUUAUAUUUAUACUUGUCUUAACAAUAACAAUAGACAAAAGUUAUUCAAUAGGAUUUAAUCCAUUGACAAGUUUACAAGAGCAAUUAAAUACAACAAUAGAUGCCGCUAAAACAACAAUAAAUGAUAAUUUAGCAACAGCUAAAAAUAAAAUGAAUGAAGCUGGUGUUGAAUUAAAAGAAGCUGCUGAAUCUGCUGGCCAAGCUAUGUACGAUCAAAUAAGUACUUUAAUGAAUCAGUUGGACAAUCAGUUUGAAGAACUCGAGAAAACUGCUGGUGAAGUUGACAUUAGUGAAUGUAUGGCACUUGGAAAUGCUAAGGACAUGAUAGCACUUAGUUUGAUGGUUAACGUGAGCAAUUGCAUUGUUGAACAUCUUGAAUUUGGAGACGGAUUUUCAGAGAGUCUUAACAAAGUCACCAAUGAUGUACUAGAUAAUUUAACUAGUGCACAAAAUGAAGCUAACAAGUGUUUUGAAGAUAUGAGCUUUAAGGCUAUAGCUGAGGCUACUCUCUGCGCUAGUAAAGUGACAGCUAAAACAACCUGGAUGACAGUCAACAGUAUUCCUGAGACAGCAACAACAAUUGGAAAACUAACGAACGAAAUGAGUAUGCUGCCAAUGAAUGUUCCAUACUGUACAGUUAGUAAUGGUAUCGGAGUUUUGCCAAAGAAAUACAUGGACCUUUACAAUGAAGUUAAAGAGUGUAUUGAUAAAAAAAAGUCUCUAAACAGUAACUAAAUAUAAGAUGAAAUAUUUUAGUAAAUUAUUUUUAGCUACAAAAGAAAUAAAAUAUUUAAUCAG